AUGAUGAAGUCCUCGCAAAUCAGGGAUGGAUGGUUCACGGAAUUGAGCGAGAAAAACUUUCCUGGACAGGGACUAUCUUUGAAAGUUGAAGAGGUUCUAUAUCAUUCUAAGAGCGAGUUUCAAGAUGUCUUGGUUUUCAAAAGCUCCACAUAUGGCAAUGUGCUCGUUCUUGAUGGAAUUAUUCAAGCUACUGAAAGGGACGAAUUUGCCUAUCAGGAGAUGAUAGCCCACAUUCCACUUUAUGCACAUAAAAAACCCCGAAAUGUGCUUGUGAUUGGUGGUGGUGAUGGAGGCGUGCUUAGAGAAGUUGUGAAACAUUCAUGCGUCGAAUCUGCUACUCUGGUUGAAAUUGACGAAAUGGUGAUUAAGCUAGCUAAGAAAUAUUUACCUCGCAUGGCAUCGUCGUUUGAUCAUCCAAAAAUUCAGGUAAAGUUGUGUGAUGGAUUUCAGUUUUUAAGAGAUACUGCCCUCCGAGGUCAGCGCUAUGAUGUAAUUAUCACUGACUCGUCGGAUCCAGAGGGGCCUGCAGAAGCAUUUUUUCAAAAGGAAUACUUCGAACUACUUCAUAAUGCGCUUAACGAUGAUGGCAUCGUUAUUGCACAAGCCUCUGAAAAUGUGUGGCUUAAUAUCAAGUACAUUCAAGACUUGAUGUGCACUGUUAGAUCAGUGUUCCCGCGGUCACAAUAUUGUUACACAACUGUGCCUACAUAUACUUCUGGCCAACUUGGUUUGGUUGUUUGUUCUAAAAGUUCAUCAACUGAUUUAAUUUACCCCAUUCGCAAACCGACUGAUGAAGAACAGUCUAAAUUAUUGUACUACAAUACAAGAAUACAUUCUGCAUCAUUUGUUCUUCCAACUUGGGCUAAACUGACAAUUGAUGGAGAACAAAAAUAA